AUGACGCAACCGGCGAGCGAGAUCAACUUCGAGGUGCCCGUCCUCCAGGACGACCUGCUGCGCGACCGUGCCCGCGUCUUUGCCGAGUUUCUCGACGAUGAGACGUCCAUGACCAACUACCGCGACGCCGUGCGGAGGAUGCUGCGCGUCGACGCCCGCCGCCUCAUUGUCAACCUCGACGACGUCCGCUCCUACAACCGCGAGUUUGCAACGGGCCUCCUCAACGAGCCCAACGAAUACCUGCCGGCGUUUGACGCCGCCCUCUAUUCGCUCGUCGAGACGCUCGCCGUGUCGAUGAAGGCCGACGUCGUCGGCAAGCAGUACUACAUCGGUCUGCGCGGCAGCUUCGGCGACCACCACGUCAACCCGCGCACCCUCCGCUCCAUCCACAUUGGCAAGAUGAUGAGCCUCGAGGGCAUCGUGACGAGGUGCUCGCUCGUGCGCCCCAAGAUCCUCAAGUCGGUCCACUACUGCGAGGCGACGACCAACUUCCACCAGCGCGAGUACCGCGACGCCACCAUGUACGGCACGCUGCCGCCCUCGUCGACCGUGUACCCGACCGAGGACGAGGAGGGCAACCGCCUCACGACCGAGUACGGCCACAGUGUCUUCCGCGACCACCAGAUGAUCUCGAUCCAGGAGAUGCCCGAGCGGGCGCCGCCGGGCCAGCUGCCGCGCAGCAUCGAGGUCGUCAUGGACGACGACAUGGUCGACCGCUGCAAGCCGGGCGACCGCAUCCAGCUCGUCGGCAUGUACCGCAGCCUCGGCAACCGCGUCGGACAGAGCUCCUCGUCCACCUUCCGCACCCUCAUGGUCGGCAACAACCUCAACCUGCUUUCGUCCAAGGCCGGCGGCGGCAUCGCCCAGGCGCACAUCACCGACACCGACAUCCGCAACAUCAACAAGAUCGCCAAGCGCAAGAACGUCUUCCACCUGCUGUCGCAGUCGCUGGCGCCGUCCAUCUACGGCCACGACUACAUCAAAAAGGCGGUGCUGCUGCUGCUGCUCGGCGGCGCGGAAAAGAACCUGCCCAACGGCACCCACAUCCGCGGCGACAUCAACAUCCUGAUGGUGGGCGACCCCUCGACGGCCAAGUCGCAGAUGCUGCGCUUCGUGCUCAACACGGCGCCGCUGGCCAUUGCCACGACGGGCCGAGGCUCGAGCGGCGUCGGUCUGACGGCCGCCGUCACGACGGACAAGGAGACGGGCGAGCGCCGGCUCGAGGCGGGCGCCAUGGUGCUGGCCGACCGGGGCGUGAUUUGCAUCGACGAGUUUGACAAGAUGAGCGACAUUGACCGGGUGGCCAUCCACGAGGUCAUGGAGCAGCAGACGGUGACUAUUGCCAAGGCGGGCAUCCACACCAGCCUCAACGCGCGCUGCUCGGUGGUGGCGGCGGCCAACCCGAUCUACGGCCAGUACGACGUGCACAAGGACCCGCACAAGAACAUUGCGCUGCCCGACUCGCUGCUGUCGCGCUUCGACCUGCUGUUUGUCGUGACCGACGACGUCGACGAGCAGCGCGACCGGAUGAUUUCCGAGCACGUGCUGCGCAUGCACCGCUACCUGCAGCCAGGGCUCGAGGAGGGCACGCCGGCCAUUGACAAUCUCGACCAGGCGCUCGACGUGGGCGCGCCCGAGGGCACCGACGCCGACGGCGCCGCCAUGCUGGGCGACACGUCGCCGUUUGAAAAGUACAACCCACUCCUUCACUCGGGCGUGACGGCCUCGGGCGGACGCGGGACCAGCGGCAAGAAGGAGGUGCUGUCGAUCGCGUUUGUCAAGAAGUACAUCCAGUUUGCCAAGUCGCGGGUGAUGCCGGUGCUGACCAAGGGAGCGGCCGAGUGGAUCGUCAACGUCUACUCGAACCUGCGCAACGACGAGCUGUCGGGCAACCAGAAGCGGACGUCUCCGCUGACGGCGAGGACGCUCGAGACGCUGAUCCGGCUUGCGACGGCGCACGCCAAGAGCCGGCUGAGCAGCAAGGUCGAGGAGCGCGACGCCGAGGCGGCCGAGGAGAUUCUGCGGUUCGCGCUGUUCAAGGAGGUGGUGGGCAGCUCGAAGCGGGGCGCCCACAAGCGGCGGCGCACCGACCGCGGCUCGCGCAGCCCCAUCAGCGAUGACGAAGACGACUCGGACAACGACUCGGACGGCGGCGCGGCAGGCGCGACGGAUCACGGCUUCCGAGGUUUGCAGACCAACGGACGGGCGACGAGGAGCGGCGGACGCAACGGCGACGCCAAUGGCAACGGCAACGGCAACGGCGGGCGCGGCGGCGACGCUGACGAUGACGACGACGACGACGACGAGGACGAGGACGCGAGCGGUGCCUACGUCGACGGAAGCCAGCCGCGGUCGCGUCCGGGGCGCAGCUACGGGACGAGAGGAGCCACGUCGUCGCAGCGGCCCAAGCCCGGGCUGGUGGGACCAGGCGGCAUGGACGACGAUCAGGACGCGGCGAUGGACGAUGCCGACGAGAUCGAGGCGAUGCGCGAGGCCGAAGCGGCGGCGGCGGCGGCCGCAUCGUCUGGUUCUGCGGGUCAUUCACAGCAGCAGCAGGCGGCGUCGCGCGCGCUGUCCGAGGAGCGGCUGGGCGAGUUCAAGGGCCUGCUGGCGGACCUGCUGGCGUCCGGGGGCCGUCUGGCCGAGGAGGAUAUGGUUUCGCUCGAGGAUCUGCUGCCGAUGAUCAACGCGGGGAUGCGGACCGAGGCGCUGUUUGACUCGCGCGAGGCGAGGCAGGCGCUCGAGGCCAUGAACGACGUCAACGAGGUGAUGUUCAGCGACGGCGUCGUCUACCGGAUCUGA